AUGAGCAGCACGGACACCGUCGGAUCUCUCCUGGCCAGCAUCGCAACCUCGCUCAAUGAUGGCCUGCGGAUACUCAUGUUUGCGGACAAGCGCCAGUGGGGGCCGGACGAGUUCGAGCAGGUACGCGCGCUGGAGCAGGCGCUGGACGAGGCGAAGCGGGACUUCCAGCAGCUGUCGCCCCUCGUGAACGGCCAAUUCUACUACGAGAACGACCGAAGAAAUCUCUGCGCAGUUGAGUCACUUCAAGAGCUCCGAGUGCUGCGGACCAAGGCCGACUUUCAUGCACAAAACUUCAAGGACUGGCUCAAGGCCGGUGGGCCUAUCAACCCGAUAUGGGCCAGGGAGACGGGCCAGCUCCGAAAAGAGUUGCACCAGGCUCAGUGCCGGGCCGCACAUCGCAUAUUCGCGGCCGACCAGGAGUCAAAUACGAGAUGUCUUGGCGCAUUCCAGGUGUAUCGGAAGCUACGCGAGAUGGACGCGCAGAAGAAACGAGAAAGAGACCAACAGCGCGGCCCUCGCAGGCCGUCAGAUCAACGUGGGAUGCUGCGAGACGAGGAAAGGUCUGAUGGACGGAACUCAGACCAGGAUCCGAUACCGCUGCCGCCUCCUCGUCGCAGGAUGAGCUUGGAGGAGUUGAUACCCGAUUGCAAUACCGUGGGGAAGUUCGAACGACUAGGAAAGACAGAUAUCGCCUUUAUAUGCGAUUUUUGUGACGGCCACAUACUAUGGGAAGACAUACAGACGAUGCCCUCGACGCGGACGGUGCGAUUCACGGCCCCAGACGCCCAGUAUCCUAACUGGCGGGCCACGGCAAGGAGCAAGGAGACGGGCGAGGAAAAGUCAGUCGUCUUUGCACCGCUUGUCAUUGCCAAUCAUCUACCGCCUUUGAACGCCGAUUGGCAAGCAAGAUUAUGGUGUCCAUACUGCGACGACUACAUAUACUACGAGCAGGGAGACAACGAGUUCGAUCAGACGAAAUACGUGCAGGACGACUCUGGCUUCCCGGACCUGCAGAGCUUCCAGGAGCAUCUGGAGUGGCAGCACACGGCCAUGGCGCUCCCGUCGCUGCCCAAGGCGACCAAGAGCUGCAACCUCAUGUGA